AUGACCAAUUGUAGUAGAAGCAAUGCUGUAAUUGCACCGAAACUAUUGAAGCAAGUUCAAAGUAAACUUAAGGAUAUACAACAGCUAUUCCCAACCACUACCAAUUGUAUUAUUAUGGAUAAGAACGGUGAAAUUAUAGUUGAAACGUCAGGCACACAAACACAGAAAGAAAAAGAUAAAGAGAAAGAUCUAUCGAUGACCAUACACCAAUUAAAGACAUAUGCAAUUACAUUUGGUGCAACUUUGCAGUAUCAAGAUGAAGUACAACACAUUCAUAUUCGUGGUGAUAAUCAUAUGUUUUCGUUUUAUGUAGUUCGUGAUUCAAUAUUAGCAUUUUUUACAAAUAUGGACUUUGAUACUGGCAAAGAUUUCAAUUUUCAACAGGCAGACGAUAAAGUAAAGGCAAUUUGUGCUGAGCUAUUGCAUCUUCUGAGUAGUACAAAGAUAUAA